GUACAUGUACAUGGCGCUAAACUUAUAGAAUGCUGCUGUCAGAACGGCCAAAGCCUUCAGGCAAAGAGAGCAUUUAGAACUCUCGUCAGGGGAACACACGGAUAACUGCACUCAUGCGUUGGCCCUAACGCUGCACCAGGCCACCCUCGGGGUGCUAAACCCAACUGGCUGUUGAGCCAGGGGAGCUAGCGUUGCCCCCUGUUGAAAACUGCACCGCACCUAGGAAGAAGCAGAUCAGACUGAAAAGCUCUGCCAGCGUCUAGUUUACCUCUGGUGCGCGCUGACAUUGGAAAGGUGUUGGAUGCAGAGUGCGUGGCUUAAAAAGGAAACCAAAGGACGGAGGCGAUAUGGAUAGGACUUGGACGUGCAUCGUUUGCGUGUCGCAGGUACUACUGGUACUUAGUCACGCUGAGAAUGGACUGACUGCCAGGCCAACACUCAAAUAUGCUUUGGACUGGAACUCGCCGCGAACGCUUAGCUCCUCGUCUCCCCUACCAGCAAGGCAAACCUCCCGACUCCAGCUUCUCUGCUCGAUACAGCAAGGCCUGCAGGUCAAUACCUCUACCGCUAGCAACCAGCAACCCGGUGACGUGUACUGGUCACGUGAUGGAAAGCGGCUGACCUCUUCCAGUACCAGUGCCCGGCUGAGAUGGUCGCUAGCUGAACUGACCCCUGCCACACACGAGCAGCAGCGUCAAGCUCCUUGGACGUUUAGUCUGACGCUGAAUGCUGUGACGAGUAGCGAUGGUGGUCGCUACGCGUGCCACGUAUCAGGACAGAGAGCAUGGUUGCAAUUGCAAGUGCUGCCUGUCCUGGACUCCGUCUCGCUUCGUCACGUGGUCGUGGUUGGACAUCGCGUGAAUAUUCCCUGCACUGCCAGUGGUCAUCCCGAGCCCCUGGUCAACUGGCGAAAGGUCGACAAGCACUCCGAGCACCACCAGUUCGAAACAGUGGAAGGUUACAGUUCUGUGAACCUGACCAUCAGCUCCAUAAUACCCAGUGACGCGGGUACCUAUGUCUGCAGUGCUACCAACACAGCCGGGAGUGACGUCAACGAACUGAGCCUGAUCGUAAAACGGCAAGGCCUGAAGCAAGGAACCCAGGAAAGUAUCUCCAUGCUUGUCAAGGAGAAUGUCCGCGGCGGUAGGCUGAUUCCGAUCCAGAAAGGCGAGGCCCUGGUCCGCACGCCAGGCACUAGCUUCGACCUAGAUUGUCACCUGGAGCCCGGUCGUGAUCCCGAAGUGGAAGUCAGCUGGUGGGUAAACGCAAGAAGAUUCCGAAACAAGAGCAGAGCGAAGAUCAUUGGCUGGUUGCCCGGCAACCUCUACCAGGAUCAUCAGAUUCGCUUCCACAACUUCAGCCAUCAUGAUGGUGGUGUGUACACGUGCAUCACCAGUGUGGGAAACGUCACGGCAACCAUUGCUGUUGAGCCAGUCAUCUCUCAGCUGACACGCCACCGUGAGGUCAAUAGCGGAGAGGCAGCGCUCCUGCAGUGCAAGGCGGGUGGCUAUCCCAGACCCAAGGUCUUCUGGACCCAUCUGGCCAGUGGCACGCGCAUCGCCUCCAAGAUUCUCAACUUGACCCGUGUGGAGGCCAAGGAUGGUGGCGAAUACGAAUGCACGGCUCACAACACACAUGGACAGGCCAAAGGGAAAACUAUGCUGACUGUAUCAGCACCAGCACUUGCCUUUCUGGAGAGCGUACACGAGAGUCGGCGCAUGGUCAAGCAAGGCUCAGCAGCGCACUUCUCGUGCGCUGUGAAAGACCAUCCAAACAUGCCCGCAACCUGGUACUUCUCCUCUCCAGCUAACAAGAAGCAGCUCGGCACCGACCAAGUGCGGCUCAAAUCCACUGACAGCCAACUGAUCAUUGAGAGCUUUGACUCAGCAGAUGUGGGGGAGUACAGGUGCGUUGUCGGGCCGGAAGGGAGACAGUUGAGGCGCUCAUUCGAUGCACAGCUAGUCACAGACACUGCACCGGAUGAUACUGGCUCAGACCAAUCUCUCCAGUGUACACCAGGCAAAGCGCCGUGCAGCUCCGGGUCGGCACUUGCAUCGAGCCGCACUCUUCUGGCGUUUGCCGCCGUGACUAUCCUCGCAGCUUGCCUGUAGCACUCCAGAAGGGCAAGCAGCGAGCACUGCUAUCAGCUAAGAGUGAGAAGGACCAGUGUGUUGUUGUCAAAACUAACUUCCAUGUCCCGGGCUGGUGACUGCAAUGAACUACUUUCCCAUGCACGGCUGGGCAUCACUUGAGAUACGCUAUAAUAUUUGCAAAUAAUGAGAUAGAUACAGUAUGUAGGUUUAAUAAUAGCGUGAGCAAUUUGAUAGUUCGUAAAAUUCACCAGGGCAUUGAACUCAAUACUAGCUGCUAGGAAUUGCCCCUUUUUGUCUGACAAUAAUUUUGUGAGCACAUAAUACAUAUACAGCCUAGACACAUGACACGGGUUAUAAAGUGCAUUCACCCGUCGCCGUCAUUCUUUUUCUCAUCUUUGAUGAUGAAAGUCUACUAUUACAAAUA